CGCCUAUACUCCAUGAAUGGGCACGCUACUACUACGGCUCCUACUCCCACUACUUACUUCUAGCUGGUCGACUUCCAGUACAACGAAUUUCUUGAGCUCAUUGUGCCAACACUGUAUUGAUUCCCCACAAACAUGAUCAACAGCCUCUUUCAUAGCCCAACACGAGAGAACCGUGCAUUCGAUGCGCAUAGUCCAUUCGAUGUUGACAAUGACGGCGAUUACAAGACUGCGCUGACCAACGGUACAGACAAGGUCUGCUUUGUCCAUGGCACAGACCUGAAGCCCAACUUUGAACCAGUGCAGACCCACGCAACAUUGAUUUAUGGGAUUUCUGCGAUUCGUUUAACUGAUCAUUGAGUGAAUCUGAAUCAAUGUGAAAGUGAUUAAGCUACUGCGUGUUAGAGGUACCACACGAGGUGAAAGAAAUUGAUGUGUGACUAACCUGAAGUUCCCUACUCGUUCCAUUUGCGCCUUCUUCUUCUAACCUCCCAUGUGCCUGGAUAAGCCGGAAGCGUAUGCGUCUUCACUCGAAAGUGUGAAGAUAACGGAGAGAGUCCGUCGUCUCUGCAUCGCUCUGAGGCUUCUCAGCUUUCACUAGGCGAUUAUCCGAGACUCGUCGAGCACGGACGUAGGGGUUGACGAGAAGCGAUGGGGCGUCAGCGCCUGGAUGUUCGUGGAUCUAUUGGGCUGAUCGUUGGUCUAUUUCCACUCACUGAUACUUUACUCUUCUAUAUGGAUACGAGAGCUAAAUGUCCAAAUAGAACGUUGACUAUCAAGCAUUGUUUUUAUUUCCCGACUGGCAAAAUAUGAGAAUGAGUUUCGCUGUCUCAUAGAUUUAAAUUUCGAUAUCAUGGAUGCCAAAAGCAAAUUUCGAUUAAAUCACAUCACACUGUUGACAAGUACUGGAUACAAUUUUAGCCAAGUAACGCUGCAAAAGCCCAAACUUUCUGUCCAGAUGACAUCUUCAAAAAGAUGCAAAGAGCAAUUUACUAGACCUUAACCUUAAUCGAAAACUUCUAACAAAGAAAGACUAGAAACUUAUCAAUCAAUGCCGAUAAUGAAUAUCGUCUGAUGAAGAUGCCAAUGCCUUGUCUCCAGACAGAAAAUGCUAAAAAAACAAUGCACAGAAGGCAGACUUUUCCCGUUCUCAUGUAGCCCAUGUGAAAAGACAUCACACCCAACAAGAUACACUUACUAGGCUAUACAACCUUCGCCCGCAGUGGAUUAUGUUUUAUCACAACCAGAUGGUCUUCUUUCACAACCUGGAGCCGUGUUCUCAACGAAGUUCGCCAUCCAUGCAACGCGCUCAGCAC